AACGUUCAAACGUCUAAGUGAACGACCGAUGGUAGGCAAUAUAUUGCCUCCGGAACUAAUUUAAAAAUGUCAACGAUGCGUGUAUAAAUUAUCCUGUAAUUGAAAUUAAGGUCGAUCAAUACAUUGUAUUCAAGACAGACCGUUGACACAGUCGGAGAGAAACCGCAUACUUCAAUCACACAGUUCAAACACUCGUGGAAAAAAUGAUGUUCUGGGCUUUCAUAACGUUAUUCCUUUCAAGCAUCGAUUCAUCAACGAUGGCACAUGCAAAAGCAGCCAGGAAAACGGAAGGCGACAUCAUUAUAGGUGGACUAUUUCCCAUCCAUAGAAAGAGCAAGAAGUCGGAGAACGAGUGCGCGGAAUUUAAUGAGCAGAACGGUUUUCAGUACAUGGAAGCAAUGAAUUUUGCCGUGGAAAAGAUUAACAGAAACGAAAAGCUUCUACCAAACAUCACAUUGGGCACUCUCAUCUACGACACAUGUGCCAGCAAAACAAUUGGCGCCAACCACGCUAAGGAAUUCAUCAAAAUGACAAUCGAUGACGAUCAGCGGCAGCUUGCAGGAGUUGUGGGCGCAUUUACGAGCGGCGUUUCACUUGACGUGGCAAAUUUCCUACGUGUCUUCGAGAUACCACAGAUAAGUUAUGCUUCCACGAGCGAAACUUUGAGCAACAAGGACAUUUAUAGUUACUUUAUGCGUACGGUGCCUCCCGACACAUUUCAAGCAAAAGCAAUAAUAGAUAUCGUUCUGCGGUUCGGAUGGAGUUUCAUUUCCGUCGUGAACUCGCACGGUGAGUAUGGUGAAAGCGGUAUACGUAAGCUUAAAGAGUUUGCGACCGAGUUCAAUAUUUGCAUCGAUGUGGACUGGAGCCUAAACCGUUUUCCUACGGACGAGGAAUACAAGAAUCUGAUAAAUUCUCUGAUCGAGAGCUCCCUUGAAACGAACAUGUCAGCGGUCGUGCUUUUUGUGACGCAAAAUGACGCGCGCAAAAUCUUCGAAGCUGCAAAACUGAAUGACAAAGAGCAUCGUUUCACGUGGAUUGGAAGUGAUGGCUGGGGAAAUGUUGACUAUUUGAGCCAACUGGGAGGAGAGUCCGUUCUUGGUGCACUGGAGGUCGAAUUUAAACAUGGUGAAGUGUUGGAGGAAUUUAAGGAAUAUUACUUCAAUCUCAAGUGGAAUAACGAUAACAAUGGUAGUAACAUAUACUUUAAAGAAUUUUGGGAAGAGCAUUUUGAAUGUCGUUUUCGCAACGAGGAGCAGCCUUACAAGAUAGGAAACUUCAAAAAAAGUUGCACUGGAAAUGAAAAAAUUAAGAACUCGAGCGUAGAAUUUAGUCCGAUCAGAGUGGUCAUCAACGCCGUAUAUGCAUUCGCACACGCAUUGAAUAGUAUGCAAAAAGAGUUAUGUCCAGGAGAGCAUGGUAUAUGCAAAAAGAUGACGCAAUUUCAGCGUUCCCGAUUGCUAGAACAUCUGAAAAACGUGUCAUUCAUUGAUCCAAGUUUGAACACGACCGUUAAAUUCGAUGAGAAUCUAGAAGUGAAUGGAUCGUACGACAUUUUGAACAUACAAAACGUCGAAGGAAGAUACGAGUUUGUACAUGUUGGUGAAUGGAACGGUGAGCAGAUUCACGGAAACGUCAACGGACAGCUUCGGCUGAAUGUGAACGCCAUACAAUGGCGACGUAAUGUAGUGAAAACACCAGUGUCGUUUUGCUCCAGUGACUGUGGGCGAACAGCCAUUCGAAUUCCCUUGAAGAAGAGGGCAUUUCCAUGUUGUUGGCAAUGCAGUCAAUGUAAAGAGCUUCAAAUUGUGAACGAAAAUAACACGUGCGUAUCAGGACCAUUAGGCUGGGAACCAAACAGUAAUUAUACAGGUUUCGUAAAGAGGAAGGUCUUGUAUCCAAAAUGGAAUGACCCCAUGUCCGUUCUCAUCAUCACACUGUCCCUUAUAUCCCUAACGUUCGCACUAACCACUGUCGUUGUCUACGUCACGCACAAGCAAAACCGUUUGGUCAAAGCCUCGGGUAGAGAACUUUGCUGCGUAAUUCUGGCUGGCAUAUCACUUUGUUUCAUCGUGCCCUUUUUCUACAUUUCUAAACCAAGCGAUUCCGUAUGCUACACAAGAAAUUUCUGCGUGGGACUGGCACUAUCCAUGUGUUAUGCUCCGUUGUUCAUGAAGAUAAACAGAAUCUAUCGAAUAUUCAUAAGUGCCAAGGCAUCCGUGGCAAGACCUCCUUUGGUGACGCCACAUAUUCAACUACUCCUGACGUUUGCGUUGCUUUCCAUUCAACUCAUGUUCACAACUCUUUGGUUUAUUGCAAAACCAGUGACGGCAACUGAGAAAUAUUACAGCGAUCGCAAAGAGCUAGUCCUGGAAUGCGAAGUUGACCAGCUCAGCUUCUCCGUAAACUUGUGCUAUGUUAUGGUUCUCAUGAUACUUUGCACCGUCUAUGCCUUCAAGACGCGGACAUUCCCGAAGAAUUUCAAUGAGUCCAAGUACAUUGGGAUAACCAUGUACAUCACGUGUGCCGUGUGGCUCGGCUUUUUCCCAUUCUACUUGAACACGAAGGACAGUUCGACGCAUAUUUAUCUCAUUUCAUUGGCAAGUAUCGUGAUAGGCCUGAUCACACUAGUCGGCCUGUUCUCGCAAAAGAUUUAUAUCAUCUAUUUCGUGAAGAAUCUACGGAAUGAUGACUUGGUGAUGACGUCACGAUCUACUCAACGGCAUUUGCCUGGUUCCGAGGAUCGACGAGAAAUCUCGAACCACGUGAAUGAUAUGACGGAUAAAAAGCUAAACGGACAUAGUGAUGCGUUGUGAUGAGUAUGGAAACGAUGAUUUUUAAUUAUUCGAUACACUUGUUAUGUUACAGUAGUUAUGCUGUGCACUAUUUAUGUUGCAUCUGUGUUGUAAAACUUGUAUAACAACAGUGCCGUUGUACAAAUUACGAAACACAAAACAUGCUUACAAAAGAAUAUUGAACAAUUUGUGUUACAUAAGUUAUGUUACAAUGGCUAUGUUGCAUUUGCCAUGUUAUACAAGUUACAUUUAACACUUGGUAUGUUAGAUAAGUUAUACUACAAUGGCUAUGUUGCAUUUGUCAUUUAACACAAGUUAUGUUAUGGUAAACAUACCCCACACAAGUUAUUUUACACUUAUCAUGCAGAACUGUAAAUAUUUUAUGAUAAGAUAACGAGAUAUUGAAGCAAUAUUUAAUAUUCCUAAAAAAAUAUGGAUGACGGGUAUUGACCUUAAAAACUACAAGAAGUGGUAGUAAGAGCAUGAAAACAUUUAUAAAAAUUCAUUAUUCGUCCAAGUCCUUAUGAAGAGAUAAUAAAAAUGAAUAGGAUGUCGUA